AUAUUUUCCUUCUCUGGGAGUCUGUAGGUCCAGUUGCAGUGUUCUUCUUUGGUAGGCUAUCAGGCUUUCCCAUCAACUUUGCCAUAAAAGUUAGAUCCUGAAGGAUAUGGCUACCAGUUCAGAAGCAGACUUGGUUGCAGAGGAUACUGGACAUAGACUUAGACUUACUUUGGAAUGUGGGGAAAGGGAAGAGGAUGGAGCUGCUGCAGAGGAUCCUACCCUCCCAUUUGACAUCAAUCAAGAUUCAAUCAGGGAGAUGAUGAGUGAAAAGGGGAAGACAUUCACAUUGCCUGAAGGGAUCCCCAGCAUGACUGAUGAUGCCUUCUCAUACAGAGAAAUGCUCAAGAAGGAUGUUGUGCAAGAAGGACAUGGAGACAUCGUGCCAAAUGGUGCUUUCGUCUUUAUCAAGUACAGUGCUUACUAUGAAGGACAGGAUGAGCCCUAUGAUUCCUCAUACUUGAGGAAUGAGGUGAGGAAGUUUCGACUGGGGACAGGUGCUGUUCUACCAGGAAUUGACUUCGCUGUUCGGACAAUGAGAUUGGAAGAGCAUGCAAAAUUCCUCAUCCAGCCUCCUUAUAUGUAUCAAUGCCUCACUCGUUUUGCUUCAGGAAGUCAUGACUCUCGAAUCAAGAUUGAUGAACCAGCUCUGUUCAAAAUGGAGUUGUGUGACUAUAUUGCUAACCAAACUGCUGCAGAAGUGGCAGCAAUGACACGCGUGGAGAGGCAGAAUGCAAAGUUCUCUCUUGUGCACAAAGCAGCUGAGGAAGAGAAGGUGUCUGGGUCCCGGAGUUUCAAGCAUGGUGAUUACAUCAAGGCAGUCAAAAGAUACAAGAGGGCAAUGAUGUUCAUGGAUGAUGUGCAUCUCAAGUCAGAUGAAGAUGAGGAAAAGCACAAGGACCUCUCUGUCCUCCUGCACUUAAAUCUUGCUCUGUGCUAUCUUCGCUUGGAUCGGGCCAAGCUUUCCAGGCAGGAAGCUCAAAGUGCUCUUGAAUUGGCACCUCAGAAUCCCAAAGCACUCUACAGGUUGGGCCAGGCAUACAUGGCAGAGAGGAAUUACCCAAAGAGCCGUGAGUGUCUACUGAAGGCAAAGGAGUUGCGGCCGUACUGCAAGGACACUGCUGAUGCCCUCCAGAGACUGGAGCUGGAGGAGAAGCAGCACAUGAAGGAGGAGAAACGCUUCUGUUCUCGCAUUUUCAAACCAGAAAAGGCCUGUCCCAUCUCCAUUGAUGAGGAGGAGAAUGUUGGGGCACGAGAUCUCAAGCAAGUCAUUGAUGAGAAUCCGGACUUUGCAGGAAUCUCACAGGAGUUCAUGCAGCUGGUAUCACAACAGCUGUCAGACUUCAUUGGGGAAAAGGAGAUGAAAGAGCUUCCAUUGCCACCCAGGUUUAAUGACUGUCAGGUGGCCUUUGUGGCUCAGGCUGCCAUCAGCCUUGGGCUCAAGGUCAAGUUCUUCAAGGUUCCUGACUCCAACAUGCACAAGCUUAAAAUAGUGAAACCGUGAUGUCAACUGAAUCUCAAAAACCUGGAGUGGGUGCCUCAUGAAGUUUACUUCCAGCAGUAUUCAUGAACUUUGAAACAUUAGCACAGUGUUUCUACUUCCAGUUUCUACUUCCUUGAAGCUCAAUAGAUAAGUAGGAAAGAUCUUUCAAUGCUCAGUUUUUUCUCAUGAUUGGAUCAGGAGAUGAUUGUUGAACUCUGGAUAAUUAGGAAAAGUGACCUUUCAUUCCAUCCCAGAUCUUCCUUGUUGAAAGCCACCCUAUUCUGAUACCUGUGUAUCUCGAUUGCUGAUGCACUAAUUUUUUCUCCUCUCCAUGCUCUAUUACCACAUUUCUGGUGCUCAAUUAGUGAAUGAAAAAAAUAGUAUUUUUACUAGUCUAUAUACAAGACAGGUGGGGAUUGAUUACUGACAAAGUUAGCUCCCUACCAUUCUCUUUACCUCUGCUAUCCUGCUUUGACAUGGGCUCAUAUUUUGUCUUUUAAAAUGUAAGAUAGUCAGACCACACCCUCUGAAGAGUAUGGGUGGGUUCUUGUACUCUCUUUUAGCUGCUAACGGGCUUUUAGUCCUAUGCUGGCAAUGGACCUAAAAGGUCUUUUAGGGCUAAAAGGGAGUACAAGAACCCAGCCUAUAUCUUUAUCAUUUAACCAAAAGUGUGAGAAAGCAAAUGUAAGAGGUGUGUCAUAGCUCUUGGAAUCACAUCUGAUUGACAUUAACCCUUUCACUGGUGCAUAUGCUCAAACGAUGAAAAAUUGGAAAUGAACCACUGAAAUGCAGAAAAUUGUCUCUAGCUAAGGUUGAUCAAUGCUGGAAGUUCUUAAGGUG